ACUUAAUAAAAAUUGGCAACACUGAUAUUUGAAAAGUGUCAAGUGGGCGCAAAAUAUAUAAGAGCGGCUAGUUCGUCGUAAAUAAAGAAAUAUAUUUUUCAUAGCUGAUUGGGUUAAAAUAAACUUAUGUAUAUAUGUUUUAAACAGAGCUAUGAGCGGUCGAAAAAAAACAUGGAUUAAGUCGGCAUUUAGUGAAGUAGUAAACAAAAAGUCAAAAUCUUUUGAACAUCCGCCAGCAGAAAAAGAAGCAAACUCAAAUGAUUCACCUAAUCAGAGUCAAAUUAUGAAACAGUUAAGUUCUGAAAACGUUAAAGUUCCAGCUUUAAAUUCUUCAAAUUGGAUUGAGCAUUUCGCUCCUAAUACUUCCGAAGAUUUAGCAGUACAUGCAAAUAAAAUAUCAGAUAUUCAAAAUUGGCUACAAUUCUGCAGCACAAUUAAAAAAAAGAAUCCCGUACAAAUAUGUUUACUUACUGGACCCACUGGUUCUGGAAAAACAGCUGCAAUAAAAGUGCUUUGUAAAAAAAAUCAAUACCAACUGCACGAAUGGAUAAAUCCAGUCGAUCAAGACUUUUAUUGUGAAGACGGCAACACAUAUGGAGUAUCUCAAUUAGAUGCUUUUAAGGAUUUUUUAUUACGUGCUUCGCGUUAUAAAUCUCUAACUGAUCAAUUUAAUAAAAGAUUGUUAUUGGUAGAAGAUUUUCCUAAUGUUUUAAUUUCAAACUCCGAAGCAUUUGUAUCAAUUUUAGAACAAUAUUCAAGUUAUGGCAAAUCUCCACUUAUAUUUAUUGUAGCUGAUUCAAAGUCUCGAAGUUUAAAUAUAAGCUAUAACCUUUUCUCAGAUGAAAUUAAAUCUAAAUUCAGCAUAAAUCAUAUAAAUUUUAAUCCAAUUGCUGCAACAUUUAUGAAAAAAGCGAUGAAAAGAUUUUGUAAAAUUAUGAAAGAGAUACCAUUUGUGGAUAAGUAUAAAGUACCCAGUGAAACUGUGAUAGACUCAAUUAUUGUAUCUGCCCAAGGUGAUAUACGUAAUGCACUAGUAAAUUUACAUUUUUCAUCACUAAAAGGUAGCCCCAACGUAGUUACACAGCAAAUUUCAAAUGAUAAAAAUAAAAAGAAAAAAUAUAUGCUAAAGUCUAUAGGCCGAGAUGAGUCUACCACAAUGUUCCAUGCUUUAGGAAGAGUUUUUAAUCCAAAAUUUACUGAUGAGCAAAAGCUUCUACAUAAUCCUGAAGAAAUUUCCGAAUGUUUUUCAACUGAUCCGAGGAAAAUGUUGGAUUUUAUACACGCAAAUUUUUGUUUACAUUUUAAGAGCAUAGACCAUUUAGUAACAGCCACAAAUGGAAUAAGCCUGGCAGACGUUAUAGUAAAUGAAUAUCGUGAUACUUCGUUAGCUCAACUUGCUGUUAACGUUGGUGUUCGUAGCGUUAUGGUGGCAAAUAGUACGCCUGCAAAUGGAUGGAUGCCAAUUCGAGGAGCAAAAAAAUUAAAUAAUUCCCCUUUUCAUUUAGAUGAUAAACAAAGUGAGAUGUUAGGAACUAUAAAAUAUAUAUCUAAGGCAUUAUAUGCCACUGAUUUUCACACUUAUAUUAAAUUCUUGCAAAGUAAAAAUUAAACAGUUUAAUGUAUUGGUUUAUUGAAACAAUUACAAUA